UUAAACCUUGUAAUUUGAUUUUGGGUGCAGUCAUAGGCUUUGAUCAGACGGUUUUGUUGGUGGUAGAAAGCCAUUUGUUUGAGUAAAGCUAUUGUUUCUUUUCAAGUCGUAUAGAAAUUUUAGUGGUAAUCACGGGAAGUAAAAGCUCUACCAUGGAAGGUUACCACCAUUCAUAUAAAAACAGGACUUCGUCAUCAUGGGGUAACUCACCCAGCCCUUCCGAUGUUAUCCACCGUAAAGAAAACGAAGUGGUGAGCAGAUUGCGUGGAAAGUAUUCAAGGAUUGCUAAUAACUAUGAGUCGCUUAAUCAGGUGCAAGCAGCUCUUGUCCAAGCUGGUCUUGAGUCUUCCAAUCUCAUCGUGGGUAUUGAUUUCACUAAGAGCAAUGAAUGGACCGGUCAAAAUUCUUUCAACGGUCGGAGCUUACAUCACAUCAGCGAUUCACAAAAUCCAUAUGAACGGGCAAUAUCUAUCAUUGGAAGGACCCUUUCUGGCUUGGAUGAGGAUGACCUUGUUCCUUGUUUUGGAUUUGGAGACGCAUCAACACAUGACCAAGAAGUUUUUAGUUUCUUCCAAGAUGGACGGCCGUGUAAAAGCUUCCAGGAAGCACUGUGCCGAUAUAAAGAAAUAGUUCCACAUCUUAAGCUAUCUGGACCGACAUCGUUCGCUCCAAUUAUUGAGACUGCUAUAGGCAUUGUGGAGAAGAACAAGGGUCGGUAUCAUGUGCUUCUGAUCAUCGCAGAUGGACAGGUCACCCAAAAUAUGGACACGCAUCAUGGCGAUGUAAGUCCACAAGAAAAGGAUACAAUUGAUGCCAUAGUCAAAGCUAGUAACUACCCCUUAUCAAUCAUUCUGGUUGGAGUUGGCGAUGGACCUUGGGAUAUGAUGCGUCAAUUUGAUGACAAUAUACCUGCUCGGGCCUUCGAUAAUUUUCAGUUUGUGAAUUUCACGGAGAUAAUGGCGCAAAACAUCCCCUUAUGCAAGAAGGAGACAGAGUUUGCUCUGGCGGCAUUGAUGGAAAUACCAUCACAAUACAAAGCAACUAUAGAACUUCAUCUUUUGGGCUGCACAAGGGGAACACCAGUGAGGGCUCCUCUCCCUCCGCCACCGGAAAUUUCUCGACUUGACAACCAGAUAUACCAAGCAAGCCAAGUUGAUAUGUCGUCCAUGAAUCGGAAUCAGGAAUCUAGUCCUUCGAAAUCAACUCGAAAGUCCCCGGCUAAACUUUCAGUCAAAUUUGGGUCCGAAAAUAGUUCCCAAAGCAGAAUCAUCCAUUGGACCGAUGAAAUGGACAAUCGCUUGAUCGACAUCCUCAUGGAGCAGGUCACAUUUGGCCGGAAUGGUGAAAAUGGGUUCCAAAGGGAGACCUAUAAGUUAGUUGUGGCCGAUAUUAAAAAUAAUGUAGGGAUAUCACUUACCUCCACAGACGUGCAAAACCACAUUCGAACACUGAAAAGUAUCUACUUUACUGUGCGAGAUAUGCUCAAUGCAAGUGGUUUUGGCUGGGAUAGCAAAAUGAAGACUGUCAUUGCUCCAAAUGAAGUGUGGGUGGAAUAUAUCAAGUCACAUCCAUAUGCGGACUACAUUCAAGGAAAGUCAAUUCCCCGAUAUGACGACCUGGCAUAUAUUAUAAGGAAUGGCCAAGCGAGUGGACGAUCUGUUACUACCAGCAACAUACUUCCAGGAGUUGGAUCAAGGAGGACAAGGGACCCAGAAGAUUCAAUUACCAACACUCUGAAAGUUAAUAAAAACAAUCUAAUUCUCUCAUCCAAUGAUGGCGUGAAUGCUAGCUAUCAAAGCCCUUCAGGAGAUGGCAACAACUCCGGAAACACAGGAAGCACCAUCAGUUCAAGGAAGAGAAUGAGAAUCGACCAUCCAUGUGACAGAAAUAGUAGUGCCUAAAAUGUAUGAGGGGGUAAAGACAUGUAUUGUAUGUUUAGAAUUAUUCCUGCAUUGUAGCUGGUGGAAGGCCUAACCGGAACCGAACUCAUGAUUGUGUACAACAUACUCUUUAAAGGAUGAAUAAUAUGGAGCAGUAUUUCUUAA